GGUGGGAGCCCGAUGUGGCAGAGGGGCCGCCGCCCACGGGGAGGCGGAGGGCACGUGAGCCGAGUACUGGAGACACCGCCGCCAUCCUCUUCGCCUGCCCCGCCGCCGUCCUAGACACGCUCCUCUCCUCCAGAUCCUCCCUUCCCAGGUCUUACAAGCACCCAACUCGUCUGCUGCUGAUCCUCUUUCGCCACAGGCUCACAGCGGAGGCAGCGGCGAGGUGUCUGAUUUGGGCACGUGAGGCCCGCGAUCCCUGGCCGUGGGGAGGUGGGCGCUGGACUAGAGAACCGGAGAGUGGGGGUCGGUGGGGGCCAGGCGGGGAAAUUGGGCCUGUUUCCUCCCACGGCAGGUAUGAAGACCCCUCACAAAAAGACAGCUACGGGGCAGCCAACCAGGGAAGCUGUCAGUCGUCACCCCAGAUCUGCAAAUAUGAGGAAGAAAAAGAUCUCUCAAAAGAAGCAGAGGGGCAGACCUUCAUCCCAGGCCGGCAGGAACAUAGUGGGCUGCAGAAUUUCACACGGGUGGAAGGAAGGCGAUGAGCUCAUCACCCAGUGGAAAGGAACCGUUCUGGAUCAGGUGCCUAUAAAUCCCUCUCUUUAUCUGGUGAAAUAUGAUGGAAUUGACUGUGUCUAUGGACUGGAACUUCACAGAGAUGAAAGGAUUUUAAAGCUUAGAAUCCUUCCUGAUAAGGUGCCAUUUUCUCGAGUUAGAGAUAUACACCUUGCAAAUACCAUAAUUGGUAAAGCUGUGGAACAUAUGUUUGAGGGUGAGCAUGGUUCUAAGGAUGAAUGGAGGGGGAUGGUUUUAGCCCAAGCACCUAUCAUGAAAGCCUGGUUUUAUAUUACCUAUGAGAAAGAUCCUGUCUUGUACAUGUACCAGCUUCUAGAUGAUUAUAAAGAAGGAGACCUCCGUAUCAUGCCAGAGUCCAGUGAGUCUCCUCCAGCAGAGAGGGAGCCGGGAGGAGUUAUAGAUGGCCUAAUAGGUAAACAUGUGGAAUAUACCAAAGAAGAUGGCUCAAAAAGGACAGGCAAAGUCAUUCACCAAGUAGAAGCGAAACCCUCUGUGUAUUUCAUCAAGUUUGAUGAUGAUUUCCAUAUCUAUGUCUAUGAUUUGGUGAAAAAGUCCUAACUGUUUGGGUAAACCUUGCCACAUUUGUGGAAACAAAUGUAUACUUUGU